AUGGUAAAUGAGAUCGGCAAGGCUCAGGCCACGCGGCCUGGUGGCGCCACAAUCUUCGGGAAGAUCAUUCACAAGGAAAUCCCAGCCAAAAUCAUUUUUGAGGAUGACCAGUGUCUUGCUUUCCAUGACAUUUCCCCUCAAGCACCAACUCAUUUUCUGGUGAUACCCAAGAAACAUAUAUCCCAGAUUUCUGUAGCAGAAGAUGAUGAUGAAAGUCUUCUUGGACAUUUAAUGAUUGUUGGCAAGAAAUGUGCUGCUGAUUUGGGCCUGAAGAAGGGUUAUCGAAUGGUGGUGAAUGAAGGUUCAGAUGGAGGACAGUCUGUCUAUCAUGUUCAUCUCCAUGUUCUUGGAGGUCGGCAGAUGAAUUGACCUCCUGGUUAAGCUUGUUUUAGGGUUGAUUUUCCCUCCUCUAGGCAGUGGUCAAUAUUUCCCAGUUCUGUAGGUUAAACAAUAUACUUCCUUUUGCCUAUAUAUGGAGAGAUUGAGGA